AUGAGGAGGCGGUGGUCCCGCGCCGCGGUGCUCGCGUGCUUAGUGCUCCUCGCGGCCGCCGCGUGCGUCGCCGAGUCGCGCGCGGUGCCCGCCGCCGGGAGCGGGACCGGGAACGCGACCGCGGCGGGCGGCGGCGGCGGCGGCGGCGGGAGGCGGGGCGCGUUCGACGUCGUGGUCGUCGGCCUCGUCAGCAUCGGGCUCGGCCGCCGGUGGCGCGCCGGCGGCGGCGAGAUGGUCGACGAGGACAAGCGCCGCGUGCCCACGGGGCCCAACCCGCUGCACAACCGAUGA